AUAAACAAACUGUAGCGUAUACAGUGAUUACAGAACAUAAUUCAUUUGCAUAGGAAGUUAAGUUGUCGAUAGCGACGGUUUUGUUCACAUUAGUUUUGGUUAUUAAUUUACACAGAACGAUUUCCAAAUACAUACCUAUUACUCUAGGUAGUUCAUAUUAUAUUUAUUAAGUAAAAAAAAGCACGAAUAAACAUGAGUACCAUGCCUGUCAGUUCAUCAACACUCCUUCCAUUGGAGCUGGUGGACAAAUGUAUAGGAUCAAGGAUUCACAUAAUUAUGAAAAACGAUAAAGAAAUUGUCGGAACUUUGCUCGGUUUUGACGAUUUUGUCAAUAUGCUUUUGGAGGAUGUUACUGAAUAUGAAACAACACCCGAAGGCAAGAGGAUAACAAAACUGGAUCAAAUAUUGCUUAAUGGCAACAAUAUUACAAUGCUGGUUCCUGGUGGAGAUAUGCCUGAAUAACAGACAUUUAAUUUAUUGUUGUUAUGAUAUUUUGGAAAGUGGUGAACUUUUUGUAAAUUUAUUUAUCCUAGAAUUUCAAGCAAAACAUUGUUUAAUUGUACAAAUACAUAUUUUUUAAAAAGUAA